GCCCCGCUGUCCGCUUGGGCCGCUCAUGGCGCAGCCGGGCCCUGGAGGAGGAGAGGCCGCUUCCGAUGUUUCUCUCCAGCAGCGGGUGGCAGAGCUGGAAAAAGUCAACGCAGAGUUCUUACGCACAAAGCAGCAGCUUGAGCAAGAAUUUAAUCAAAAGAGAGCCAAAUUUAAAGAGCUGUAUUUGGCCAAAGAAGAGGACUUGAAAAGGCAGAAUGCUGUCCUGCAGGCAGCUCAAGACGACCUCGGGCACCUCCGGACACAGCUGUGGGAAGCCCAGGCCGAGAUGGAGAACAUCAAGGCCGUCGCCACGGUGUCCGAGAACACCAAACAGGAAGCCAUCGAUGAGGUGAAGAGGCAGUGGCAAGAAGAGGUCGCCUCCUUGCAGGCCGUCAUGAAAGAGACAGUCCGUGACUACGAGCACCAGUUUCACCACAGACUGGAGCAAGAGCGCACGCAGUGGGCGCAGUACAGAGAGGCUGCAGAGAGGGAGAUUGCUGAUUUGCGCAGGAGGCUGUCUGAAGAGCAGGAGGAGGAGAAUCUGGAGAACGAGAUGAAAAAGGCCCAAGAGGAUGCGGAAAAACUGCGUUCCGUGGUGAUGCCGAUGGAGAAAGAGAUAGCGGCUCUGAAGGACAAACUGAGCGAGGCCGAGGAGAAGAUCAAGGAGCUGGAAGCCUCCAAGGUGAGAGAGCUGAAUCACUAUUUGGAAGCGGAGAAGUCUUGUAGGACCGAUCUGGAGAUGUACGUGGCUGUCUUGAAUACACAGAAGUCUGUCCUACAAGAAGAUGCAGAGAAGCUUCGGAAAGAGCUGCAUGAAGUUUGCCGCCUCCUGGAGCAGGAGCGGCAGCAGCACAACCAGCUCAAACACACCUGGCAGAGGGCCAAUGACCAGUUCCUGGAGUCCCAGCGGCUGCUCAUGAGAGACAUGCAGCACCUGGAGGUGGUGCUCACUUCGGAGCAGCUGAGGCAAGUGGAGGAGCGCAAGAAGAGAGAUCAGGAGGAAGAUGAGCAGGAAAGAGUCAACAAGAGGAAGGAGCCGGAGAAGAUGGAUGCCGAAGAGGAGGUCAAGGUUCCUGUGGUCUUUGCUCUGACGCAGGAUGAGGCGUUCCCUCCCUCUGAGGAGGAACAUUUAGAUAGCCAUGGCUCAGUCCAUUCAUUAGACGCAGACUUGCUGCUGCCCUCAGGCGAUCCCUUCUGCAAACAGGAUGGUGAUGUGUUUAAAGAAGGACUGCGGCGGGCACAGUCCUCAGACAGCCUGGGAACCUCGGGAUCGCUACAGUCCAAAACUUUGGGGUAUAACAACAAAGCAAAAUCUGCUGGGAACCUUGAUGAAUCUGAUUUCGGACCGCUGGUGGGAGCAGAUUCAGUGUCUGAGAACUUUGAUACAGCCUCUCUGGGAUCCCUUCAGAUGCCGAGUGGGUUUAUGUUGACCAAAGAUCAGGAAAAGGCCAUUAAGGCCAUGACUCCUGAACAGGAAGAGACCGCUUCACUCCUCUCCAGCGUCACGCAGGGGGUGGAGAGCGCAUAUGUGUCUCCCAGUGGCUACCGCCUCGUCAGUGAGACUGAAUGGAAUCUCCUGCAGAAGGAGGUGCAGAAUGCUGGGAACAAGCUUGGCCGGCGAUGUGACAUGUGUUCCAACUACGAAAAGCAGCUGCAGGGCAUCCAGACCCAGGAGGCGGAGACCCGAGACCAGGUAAAGAAGCUCCAGGUCAUGCUCAGGCAAGCCAAUGACCAGCUGGAGAAGACAGCAAAGGACAAGCAACAGCUGGAGGAGCUGAUGAGGCAGAGCUCGGAGGAGUCUGGGCGUCAGAUCUCGGCCCUGGCGCUCAGAACCAACGAGUCGGAGCUCGUGCUGGGUGAACUUCAGCAAGCACUCUCACAGGCCCAGAGGAGCGCACAAGAGCAGAUGGGCGUGCUCAUGCAGUCGCGGGAGCAGGUGUCCGAGGAGCUGGCCAGGCUGCAGAAGGAGAACGAGAGUCUGCAGGGGAAGCAUGGCCUCCACCUGGCCUUACAGCAGGCCGAGGAUUUCGUCCUCCCAGAGUCGGCGGAGGACCUGCGGGAGCUGGUGCUGAAGUACCGGGAGAACAUGGUCAGUGUGAGGACGGCCGCCGACCACGUGGAGGAGAAACUGAAGGCAGAAAUCCUCUUUUUAAAAGAGCAGAUACAAGCCGAGCAAUGUUUAAAGGAAAACCUGGAGGAGACUCUGCAGCUGGAGAUCGAGACCUGCAAGGAGGAAAUUGCUUCCAUCUCUAGCCUGAAAGUGGAGUUGGAGAGGACCAAGGCUGACAAGGAGCAGCUGGAAUCCACCUUAAGAGAGAGAACGGAGCAGCUGGCAAGCCUUCGAGAGAUGGAGAUGAAUUUGGGGGAGCAGCUGAAGAGAGAGACUGUGGCCAAGACAAAUGUGGAGCAGCUGAUGUUUGAGGAGAAGAACAAAGCUCAGCGUCUGCAGACAGAAUUGGACGUCAGCGAACAGGUGCAGAGAGACUUUGUCAAACUGUCCCAGACGCUGCAGGUCCAGCUAGAGCGGAUCCGGCAGGCAGACUCCUUGGAGAGAAUCCGGGCCAUUCUGAAUGACACAAAACUGACGGACAUUAACCAGCUUCCGGAGACAUGACAGGCUGACCCUGGGACUCCCAGACUGCAGUUGGGGUUUUUAACUCAUCUUUAUAGCAACGUUAAUUAUUAUUUAACUCUUAACGGAAGAAGCUGAAGAGAACAGGGAAGGAGGAAAGACUUUGUUGGGCCCGCUGGGCGGGAGAGGACGGCGGCUCCCGAGUUUGGCCUCCAGCCUCUUUUUAGGAGGCCCUGGCUCACGGAGGCUCAUGGAACAUUUCCCCCAAGUGGCCCAGUGGCUUCUGGAAUCCCUAAUGACGUUCACAAGAAGGUGGGAGAAUGAACGGCAACCCGUGUUUUCUGUUGGAAUAGGGCUAGUCCAUAACAGUAUUCAGCUAGGAGACAGGGUAGGUCUGCUGUAUGAAUAUUUUAUAUUAAAAUAUGAAUUUGUGAGCAGGUCAUUGGGUAGUGAUUGUAUUUCCAAGCCCAGUUUAUACUGUUUUGUCUUGAGAGGGUUAAGACCCCACUGAAAUCUCCCCAAGCGGACCUGCUUAGGUGAGUGUGGAAGUGGGCUCUGGAAACCCAAGGUGGAUUUGAGAAAAGCACAAACACGUGACCAGGAAGCCCUUUUCCACAAACUGCCCAUGUCGGAGUCCAUUGGCCUCCAUGGGGUCCUCCUGCUGUUUGUUGACUGGCUGGGGAAAACAGCCAGCUGUUAAUAAUUGCUGGAGGGCUUUCUUUUAACCUGCAUUAAUUGGGGGGAGGAGGGGACCUGCACAAGUUUAUCGUGCCAAGUCCUUCCCUGGGGCUAUCUGGUGAGCACAUCGUCAUGAGGAAGGAUGGAUGCCAACAACGGCCGUGAUCUCCAGCAUUGUGCCCCGCUUCCCUGGGAGUCCCACGGGAGCUGCCACGUGCAGCAAGCCUGGCCAAUACAACUCCUUUCUGACUGUUGAAACACAUGGGACCUUCUGCCAGCCCCUCCCUCUUUGGAACUGGCUUUACUAAAAGUAUUUUGAAUAAAAUCCCCACCUCCUGAAGGCCUCCUAGCUCCCUCUCCUUGUGAGCUGGCCACGAGCUAGAGGGCCUCCCAGAGAAAGCUGCUCCCCUUCCUUGGGCGUGGCCAAUACAUCCCCUUCGCCAGGGCAGCCUGGCUCUGCCCCCCCCCCCCCCCAUCGGGGGCCAGGACUGUGCUCUGACACCCGGCUUUCUUAACCCCUCAUCCUGCUGCCCAGACAGAGAAGCACGCUGUUGGUGUCUUGUGCUGUCAAUCAACUGUAACCAUUGUUAACUGUACUGAAGGUGUGUCCUUAAGCGUGUUCACAUUAAAAACAAGCUGCUGCCCA